AUGCCUCUCAGCUCUGUACCACUGCAACGUAUCCAAUGGUUCAUACCCUACCUAAACAUCGCAUGGGUAGGAGCUUUCCUUCUUGCCACAGCUCGAGACAACGUCAUUGCUGCUGUCUUGGGUGUCCAGAUGAUUUCCUUUCUUUGUCUAUAUCUUGUCGGACUACUGGGCAAUCACCAAGUCAAAGUCUAUAAUUUCAUGUCAAACAUGGUCUAUGUAGCUGUUUUCGUGGCGUUUCUGCUCUAUGGCUUGAUUUGGUCGGGAACCUCCGCCUCUGCUACCCUCUGGUAUUUUCGCAUCCCAGAAUUGGUGUUGCUCUGGUGGAUCCCACAAAUUGGAGCCAUUGUCUAUAUUCUGGUGCUUCCAUCCAUCAAUGAGAUUUUACCACAACAGCUCUAUCUCGGCAACAUGGCGGCCGCUCAAGCACCCGAGCUCCUGGAAGAAUUUCGAAUCACGCACAUUUUGGAAUUGCACGAUGAGCACAAAAAGAACGAUCCCUUGCAAGUCAAACCCGAGUUGCUGCAAUUGGAGGCCAGCGACUUUCUGGGAUCGGACAAGACGUUGUUGAAGGUGGCACCGCCGGGUUUGGAGUUUAUGGACAAGGUAUUGAAAGACCCGAAAAAUCGCCUUUUUGUGCACUGCGCUGCUGGAGGAUCUCGAUCACCUGCCAUGAUUGUCCACUAUCUCGUCUACAGCGGAAGAGAAAAGAGUGUCGAAGAGGCCGUCAAGACAGUACGAAGCGGAAGGCCCUUUGUUGAUAUUGGCAGUGACCAUUUGGACGAUAUCAAGGGAUAUCAUGAGGAGAAAAGCAGGGGAAAGAGGGAUUGACUAAAAAACCCUUGCAAUGAAUGGCUAGAUAGUUGAAAAUUCGAAUCCUGCCCAACACUUUCAGAUGAUCUCUAACACUGAACACAAUGAACACAGUUUGCUCUCUUGAAUGCAGAUAUUUCCACCGGACUUUUAUCAGCAACAGCUUUGCCUUGGCACGAAAGAUUAGAUGAGUGCGUCUUCAGAAGCAAACUAGCAAAGCACAACAUCGGGUCGUCACAUAAGGGGAGCCAGAACCUGAGCUCUCAGCGCGGUCAACGAUUCGAGAGACCGCCAAUUUCAGCAUCAGUGGCGUUUAUGUGGCGUUGCACCUCUUUCUCUUCUUCCCAAAUUGUCUCCAGCUGUGCCUUCAGCGAUAUGUUUUCUGCCUGUAGCUUUUGCAACACAGUUUUGAGUUUCUCCAGCUAGUGUUGUCGGGCACAUUGUACGAUUGUGCAAGUACUUCCGAUGCCUUGGGUGGUUCCGUCAUAGAUCGAGCCAUGGUGGCUGUGGCGUCUCAUGCAUUCUUGGUGGCGAUGGCAUUGAAGCAGGUGGUGGUGUUGGCUCCAGUCUAGGAGAGGGUUCCAUGGUGGAGGCAGAGCCAGAGUCACUACCACCGCCAAGUCCGCCUCCAAGGGACCCAAACCCGCUUGUGGGUGAAGGCAAUCGUACUGAUCCGUCUUUCUUUGGUAUCACGAAAGUAGGUGCAGCUUCUUGAGUUUUCCUGGUUUGCAGAGGCGUUCUACCUCGACCUUGAAAGUCUCCAUGUGGCGUUUGGGUAAGGGAAAGGCGCUUGCAUGAUAGGGAGUUGCUCCUUCAUUUGAGUUCAAAUUCUACUUCGAUACCGGUCUACUUGGCUCAAGCAGCUUCAAGAGGGAUACAAUGUCUGCGACGAAUACAAUCUUGUCUUCAUAGUGACGUCCUUUCUCAAGACAUGGGUGCUAGCCUGGGUUGUUUUCAGUCAUUCUCUCUUGCACCAUUGAAUGGCCCUUUCGAUCCUUUCGCAAACGGUAUCUGUCCACGAGGCGAGCCGCCUCGGAUGUGCAUAAAACAAAAGAAAGAGGAGUAGUUUUUCUAAUUGCUGGAUGAAAUUUGAGUUUGAAAGCGGUGUGGUUGCAAAGUUGGUCUGUGAGCGGGGUGGAGCUGAGCUAGACGAUCUGAUCAAUUUCUAAGCUCAGCCUACAGUUCUACUGACUGUAGUUGGCUCUUUGGCGGAAACACGACGGCGAGGAUCCCAAAAGAUGGCGACUACUCCAGUACCGACCAUCUGACAGCCUACGGAGAAGUGAUACCUCGGCUGACCCGUGACCUGUAGAUGCACAGUGAUAUGGAGUUUGCUUCCUCUUGCCACUUGCCACGAAGACUUCGAUGGACAAUGGACAAUGGACAACCGACAUGGCAGAAAGGGCAGUACUACCUUACAUCGUAUUUUCCCUCGAGACGGGCUGAGCAGUUUUUUGAUUUAUUUGAAGCUCACCUUGAAAACCGACCAUCCGAGCAUGGAGCAGAUCGAGACUAGAAAAAUGAGGCAUCUCUGUCGUGGAUUAUGGAAUCUCUGACGUGGAUGUUAAAUAAGCAUGACGUUUAGA